AUGCACUCGCCACAAGCUUUUGUCGCUCCGAACGCCUCUGUCUCCUCCCCCGGCCCUCUAGCACCAUCGUCGGCCCUCUCUCCGCAGAUCGUCAUUCCAAAGUCCUCCCUCGCUAAUCCCCAUUCGCGCGCCGCAUACCCUGAGCAAUACCUCCAGCAGGGCCACCCAUAUCGACGGGCCCCUACACAUAAUUCACCGGCCCCUUCAUCCACACCCACGCCCACGUCGACGUCCACCUACCAGGGCCAUAUUGCCUCCACUAUCGCCUCCUCCGCCGUCGUCGCGCAACAGCAGUCCACCUCACCACCUCCCUUCUUCUCCGCCCGCACCUCGUCGCUGCUGCCACCGCCUCACCUCACCGCGAAGCGAUCCAGCCCGACCACGCCGACCGCACACAUCCCGCCCGCCCUCCAGUCCAACCCCAAUGCCAACUACCCCUAUGCGGACCUGCCGCCGCUGAGCGAGACUGACCCUUCGGCUUCCACCAGGCGGCCGUCGCGGUCCAGCAGCGUCAGCGGCGUAGCCGGCGACAGCAUCCGCAACCUCAACCGCUGGUCGGCCUCUACCACCUCCAGCCACGCUUCCAACCCGGCCUUCCAGCGCAACAUCCCGGCCGGUGGCCGCCGCAUGAGCGUUGACGCCGUCGCGCUCCAGGCUAGAUCCACGACAGCUCCUCCCCCUCCUUCCUACGCCGCGCCCACCUACAACUCUCCCCGAAAGCUUCAAAAGUCGCGACGUCCGUCGACCGCGUCUGGCGACUCUCCACGCGCUCCUGCAUCUGCGACGACUGCCCGACCGUAUUCGCCCGCCCCAAUCGGCCCUCUCGAAUCUCUUCCUCCUAUCGUGGCCCUUCCCUCCCUAGAACAAGAGGUACGCGCCGGGACACCUUCGCUUGCUGACCGCUCUUUGGCGAACCGGCCUCCACUGCUGCGGCAAGCUAGUGCAAACGCCAGUGAUCUGUCAGGACAUGCCACAUCAACCAGCAGAGGCUCCGAAUCCGCAACUGUAGAAGAACCCGCGUCACCCAGGUCCAGGAUGCAGAUGAGGGCAGUGGCUGGGAACGCAAUGGCCAUCGAUCGCAAUGGCGACGGCAAGGGUCACGCCAGGCAUAGGUCGCAGGGCGGCAAGGGCAGCUCCGACUCGGCCAAGAACCGUGAACGGUCCAAACCUUCGCAGAAAGCUAUGCUCUCGCGUGCACUCGAAAAGGCCAACACUGCUGUUCAACUCGACAACGCUGGGAAUGUCGAGGGUGCGAGAGCGGCCUACUCGGAGGCUUGUGACCUGUUACAUCAGGUCCUCUUGAGAACUUCUGGAGAUGACGACAGGAAGAAGUUGGAAGAGAUUCGGAAAACAUACACCACACGUAUCGACGAACUUGAUCAGCUCGAAGCUCCCACGAGGCGAGACGGCCGUCCCCUUCCCACGAGACCCGAAAGCCGAACUCGGGGUCCUAACCGAACCAGCGAAGACUCUCAAGAGUGGCCAAGCGGGCUGAGAGGGGAGAUCGAAGCUGCGCUUGAUGAAGAUGAUAUUGACCCGAGGGCUACUGCGUCAAGCUACGCAAUCAAAACAUCGACAGGAUAUAGGAUGAGGCAGGACUCGUCAGUUUCGAUGAAGAACGGACUUGAUGUCCCUAGGACAGGUGCCGCCACCCCCCAGAUGAGGGAUCAGUACUCCCUCCAGUCCUCCUUUUCAAGGUCACCGGGGGGGAGCGAACGCAUGGCCAGGCUUGAUGUUGAACAUCCCAUGCAGAACCAAUAUAUGCCUCCGCCGCUAUCACCUCGACGCCCUCCGUCGCCGAGGAGAACUGUUCAGCCCAGCCCUGAGCACUUCCGUGCGGAUUACUCUAUGACUUCGGAGAGACGACCCUCGGUAUCAGGCUCUGACAAGGGGCACGCCAAGGCCAACAGUCAGGAGUCGAUAUCAUGGCUGGACCCCAUCGACGAGUCUGGCGGGUCAGACGUCUCGUCUGUCCACUCCAGGUCGGCAUCGAUGGGCGUAAGGAGGAAACACAUACGAGCAGCCAGUGGAGAUACCGAGGCCGAAUUUGACGCUGCACUAGACGAUGCUAUCGAAGCUGCUUAUGACGACGGUUACGAACCUAUGGAUCCUAAUGAGGUUAAUAAGUAUGGUGAUGAUGACGAAGAUGUGGUUGCCAGAGCACUGAAGAAGGUGCAGCUCGCUAGGGAGCGGGUGAAGGAAUCCGAGCGUGAGGCCCUGGCCCUUGCCAACGAACAAGAGAAACGGCUUCGGCAGCAAUUAGAAGAGGAGGAUGACGAGGGCGGGAACUUUUACGAUGGUAACGAGUCGGAAGAGGAGGAGCGGAUGCUGGAAGAGAUGACUACGGGCUAUGCUAUCGAGGAGUUUGCAUUUGGGCUGGGACAGAAGAAACCGGGCUUCCCGCGGGAAUCCGACUCGAGUGAGCUCACGAGCCGCACCUGGCACAGCUCGACCGGGUCCAAUCCGCCCACCGCCACCACCAUCUUGUCCACAGUCAGCGAGAACACGGUCGUUCCUGAUGCUGCAAAGUCAGCUGUGCCGUCCAUACCGCCGCCGCCGCCGCCUGCAUCCUCCCUGCCCAAGUUACCUCCCCAAGCAAAGGGCGCAAAGAGCGCGGCCAAUGCUGAUACAGUUAGGGACCGACGGUUAUCAGGACAAAAUCCUAAGCAGUUAAAGAUCGAAACGUCCAAGAUUGGACCGCCCCCGGGUAGCCUGACUGGACCAGUCUCAGCGGCGCAGCCCAAGGCCGGAGGAUUCAUCGUCCAGCAGAGGCAAGCACUGUCUGCCGGUCCCAACCGCGUGCCGCCUCCGUUCUCCAGACAUGGUCCGUCGCCGGUCCCCGGAGAUAUGGCUCCACCUCCGACCCCGCCGCUCCCUCAAGGCGAAUACGAUCCCCGUUCCGGCUCUCCCUCACUUUCACGGCAAGGGCUACGAAAGAACUUCUCCUCGUCGAGUCUCAAGAGCAUGAAGACUCGCAACAUGUCUCUGUCGAACCUGGACGAUGCAUCGGAUAUGUCACCGGGCACACCUCAUAGCAACCAGUUUGGAGCUGCCUCCAGGCUACCUGCUAUGCCGAACCUUCCGACACCGGUAGCUACAGCUUUCAAGGACAGGAUGAUGACGAAUGGCGGAACGGGUGGCUUGCAUCUCUUCGACAGCGACUUCCACUCGCCCGCCAGCCCCGGAUCGCCCAACCCUCUCUAUGCCGACGCGCCGGUUCCGCUUGAGUCUUGUCCCACGGAUAGCAUGCUGAGACCUUUCUGGCUCAUGAGGUGUCUCUUCCAGACACUUGUCCACCCGCGAGGAGGGUAUAUCAGCAACAAGCUCUUUGUACCGCAGGAUGUCUGGAAGGUUAGGAAUGUCAAGCUCAAGAACGUCGAGGACAAGGUAGCCAACUGCGAUCUGCUUACCGCGGCGCUUAUGAACCUUGCCAAGGUCGAUACCUGCGACGCCGAUGCUGUGCUGGAGGAGAUGCAAUCGCUGGAAAAUGUUCUCGAGCAAGUACAACUCGCCCUCACGCGGAAGCUUGGCAACGAAGUCGGCGUGAACCACACGAGCACGAUGUUCAAAGACGCAUCCUCGGGGCUCGACGCAGAGACGGGCACCAACUCGGGAUCGGCAGCUGCCCGCUCGGGCAGCGUGUCAGGCAAGACGAGCUCCGGGUUCUCGUGGCGGCGGCUGCGGUCCAAGAACUCGUCCUCGGGGCUCAACAGCGGGUACAGCGGCGGCGGGGCCCUGGCGCGCAAGGACAGCAUCCCCGAGAACUCGGCGGCCAUGGCCAGGGAGGCGGUGCUGCCGUCGCUGCCCAUGACGUCGCACCCGACGAGCAGGCCGAGCAAGCGGGACCUGGCGGGCGUGCAGUUCACGGGGCCGCAGGCGCACUACAUGGCGUCGCUGGCGCGGCUGUUUGAUGCUGCGCAGGCUGUUGAUCAAAUCGCCCGCCAAGUCGAGGACCCCGGUCUCCGCCACGCCGAUAAGACGCAAGUUGGCCUCGAGCUGUGCACGCGCCAUGCUGCCGAGUUCUUUGGUUUCUACAUCUGCCGGUUCGUGCUGGCGGACCUAACGAUGCUGUUGGACAAGUUUAUGAAGAGGGGGAGCGAGUGGGUGCUUGUAUGA